AUGAAGAGUAUAUUAUUGGCUUCUCUUUUGUAUAUUACUGCUGUUAAUGCUCAGUCAUCAUGUGAUGAAGUAUCGUUCGUUGAUCGAGCUGGAUGGGGUGCACGAAAACCAACUUCAAUAACAAAUUUAACAAGAAAACCUCUUUCAUUUUAUGUUAUACAUCAUACUUAUCAACCUUCAAAUUGUUAUGAUGAUGCAUCAUGCAUUCAACGAGUACAAGCUACUCAAACUUUUCAUCAAAAUGAGCAAGGAUGGGUAGAUAUAGGUUAUCAUUUUUUAGUUGGUGAAAAUGGAAAAGUUUAUGAAGGUCGAGGAUGGGAUCGUCAAGGUGCUCAUUCAACCGGAUGGAAUGAUGAUUCAUAUGGUAUUUGUAUCAUUGGCAACUUCACAGUAGCACCUCCAAAUGAAAAAGCAUUAAAUGCGGUAAGCUCAUGGAUUAGGUGUGGUAUUAUACGAGGCAAUGUCAAAGAAGAUUAUUAUAUUAUUACUCAUCUACAAUCACAACGACCAGGUUAUACUGAAUGGUAA